AUGCUGCUGAUUGUGGCUGCGCAGGUCCUCGCAUGUCAAGCGUCACCGGCCUACCAGCAUUUACAAGUGGACGAUUCGAAGGACCUGAGUAGUGAGGACCUAAAAUGGGCCAAAGAGGAAAAAGAGGAGGAGACGGCGAGUUUCAAGAACGACGACGAGGAGCUGACGACCGUGAAAAUUAAAGAGAUUCUGGCUCCCACGAUCUGGAAACAUCUCCGAUGCCGAACUGAAUUAUACAUAGCUCUGAAUCUUCCGGUGGCGUCGCUGGUGGUGACUGAAAGUACAAAUAAUAUCGCAUCACGGCGCGGAGGCCUGCAUUGCCUACGGACCUUCCAACGCGCGGGCUAUGAUCUCUUUAACUACCUUCAAGUUCAGCUCCUCAUCAUCCUCAGUGCAACUCUUCUCCUCCUUCGCCUCCUUAUUCUACUAGGCCAAAUGCAGGUCUCCACUACCUACAUAAUUCUCAUUCUCCAGGUGUAG